GCGGACGAAUACAAACAUAUAUUGAUCGGCGCACGAUUAUUUUCUGUACUGUGAAUUUUGGUCAAAAUGGAAAAUGAAAUGGAUAGAGGACCGACAGAUUCCGACGAUUACAACUUACAUGACGAAAAUGUGCAGUUGUUUGAGACUGUGGUUCGGUACAGCAGACUUGCAACCCGAAAGCAACCGGAAACACUCUUGCUCUUUGGAUUAUCGGGUUCGGGAAAGACCUCUAUUGUUAACACGAUCUUCAAUGAAUUGACUGGUAUACCUGAAUCAGCUUUACAGGCUGGCUCUGGUAGCACCCAGUCUAAAACACUUGACUUCAAGUGGUAUGUCAAUUGUGGGAUACUCCAGGAAAAUAUAAUCGAUUCUGACCUUCAAUCAAAAAUUGGUGCAAUCAUCGGCAAUCUUCCAAACAUCAUUGACUGCGCUGGGAAGGGCAACGUUAACGACGAACAAACCAAAGAGAUAUUGAGGCAUACGCUCACAGGUCGCAUCCCACCAGGGACAAGCAUAGCUGCUUUGGAGGAAUUGCAAAACAAAAAAGGAGUUGGUUGCUUAAAUGUGGUGCUUCCGCCAUGCAAUCCUGAAUGGGCGGUCACAAAGAUCAUAUUUGUACAAUCGGCAGCGGACUCAAUCCCAGAACAACUACUCGAUAUGUUGCAUGACGUUCUGUCAGAACACGACGAUCGUUUGCAAACGAAAUUCAAGGCAAGCCUAUUUACGGUAAUUACCAAACACGACCUGGUUAAAGAGGCAGGAAGGGAUAUACGGAAGUGAUCAAGAUGCCACCAUCACGGCUGAAGAUUUCCAAGACAAGAAAGACAAGCUAGCUACUGCUCUAGGGAUAAAGAACAAUGUCGGCGACAACUGCAUUCCAUGGGCAAGCUAUUGCGACACAGUCCGUAUGCCGUCUCCAAAGGUCCAAAACUCCGUCUUGAAGCUACUUCGACAAAUCCAGUGUCCAAAACCAGUGGAGCACACAGGCGUGCCUUUGCCAAGGAUAACUCUGCUUCAAUCGUGGCGACUGAAUCUAAAUGCGUUUUUUACCACUAGUUCAUGUCGAACUUACGUUCUCAUUUUUGUUAUCUGUACUCUGGUUGCAGCCUUCUUAUGGCUCAUUGCACAAGUGCAUGAAAGCCCAAAUACAAGUUCUAUUGUAAAUCAUGCGACUGGUGAGCAAAUCAAUUCUACAGGAACGCAAUAAAACUUAAUUUUUAUUUCCAAAAGUGUGUCAAAGCCCUCAUAGGGUUAUUACUGUACAUCGUGCGACCAGUGAGCAA